AUGUACAAUACGGUGUGGAGUAUGGACCGCGAUGACGCAGACUGGAGGGAGGUGAUGAUGCCCUAUUCGACAGAACUGAUAUUUUAUAUUGAAAUGGAUCCUCCAGCUCUUCCACCAAAGCCACCUAAGACAAUGACUUCAGCAGUAACUAAUGGAAUGAAAGACAAUUCCUCUCUUCAGGAUGCAGAAUGGUACUGGGGGGAUAUCUCAAGGGAGGAAGUAAAUGACAAAUUACGGGACAUGCCAGAUGGUACCUUCUUAGUUCGAGAUGCCUCAACCAAAAUGCAGGGAGAUUAUACUUUGACUUUGCGGAAGGGAGGCAAUAAUAAGUUAAUAAAAAUCUAUCAUCGGGAUGGUAAAUACGGCUUUUCUGAUCCUCUGACUUUUAAUUCUGUGGUGGAGCUCAUUAACCAUUAUCAUCAUGAAUCUCUUGCUCAGUACAAUCCCAAACUUGAUGUGAAGCUGAUGUACCCAGUGUCCAGAUAUCAACAGGAUCAAUUGGUAAAAGAAGAUAACAUUGAUGCAGUAGGGAAAAAACUGCAAGAAUACCAUGCUCAAUAUCAGGAAAAGAGUAAAGAAUAUGACAGACUAUAUGAGGAAUAUACCAGGACAUCCCAGGAAAUACAAAUGAAGAGGACUGCAAUUGAAGCUUUUAAUGAAACAAUUAAAAUAUUUGAGGAACAGUGUCACACACAAGAACAACAUAGCAAAGAAUAUAUUGAGAGAUUUCGAAGAGAAGGGAAUGAAAAGGAGAUUGAACGGUGGCUCAAUCACAAAGGAGUGAGACAGAAGCGUCUGAAUGCCUGGCUGGGAAUCAAGAAUGAGGAUGCUGAUGAAACCUAUUUUAUGACUGAGGAAGAUGAAAACCUACCUCAUUAUGAUGAGAAAACCUGGUUUGUUGAGGAUAUCAAUCGAGUACAAGCAGAGGACUUGCUGUAUGGAAAACCUGAUGGUGCAUUCUUAAUUCGAGAGAGUAGCAAGAAAGGAUGCUAUGCUUGCUCUGUGGUGGCCGACGGGGAAGUGAAGCACUGUGUCAUCUACAGCACUGCGCGAGGCUAUGGCUUCGCCGAGCCCUACAACCUGUACAGCUCCCUGAAGGAGCUGGUGCUCCACUAUCAGCAGACAUCCCUUGUUCAGCACAACGACUCCCUCAACGUUAGGCUUGCCUACCCUGUCCACGCACAGAUGCCCGCGCUCUGCAGAUAA